CGCAGGGAAAACACACUGCUCGCAUGGACAUCACCUCUCCGGAACCGCCACCUGGGCCUGCAGUCCCCUCAGCUGCAGGAAAUUUGAGACGCUCACCUCGCUCGAGUCCACGAACUCUCGCAGCUCUUGACGAGCAUCCGCCGCGACCACUAGUACCGACGUUCCUGGGUGAAGGACUCACGAAGACAGGCUCAACCUCCCGUGCGCCCACUCCUGGCACUGUGGCAGGGACGUCUCGACCGAUGUCCUCACAUGGAGCCAGCUUCAGUGACUUUGACGGGUCUCAGCUACUGGGAGGCCCGCAAGUACCGCGUUCUCCAGACUUCAACAGGCCGCUCAACGUGACGGACGCGUUGAGCUACCUCGAUGCUGUGAAGAUGCAGUUCCAGGACAAGCCAGACGUGUACAACCAUUUUCUGGACAUAAUGAAGGAUUUCAAGAGCCAAGUGAUCGACACGCCUGGCGUCAUCGAACGUGUAUCUAUGCUGUUUCACGACAACCCCUACCUGAUUCAGGGAUUCAACACCUUCCUCCCUCCCGGCUACCGCAUCGAAGUGUCGACAGACCCGCGCAAUCUGGACACGAUCACGGUGACGACCCCUAUGGGUAUCAUGACCCAGAACAUCUCGGCCUAUGGAGCCCCUGUGAGGAUUGCUCGAGACCCUAUGCUUCCUGCUCCUCCUGCCAUGAUCCCUCUCCCUCAGCAACCUCCAUUUUCUUCAGCACCGCCGCCAGUCCUUCCAGUCGGCAUUGGGAACGGUUCAAGACCAGCUACACCAUCCAGGUUGCUCAGCCACCCUCCCGAAUACGGCUUCUCCCCGUCAGUCAUGUACUCUUCGCCUUCAACAGCAUCGCAAACAAACGCCGCGGCGACGUUCCUCGGGAACAUGGGCAACAGACAAGAUACCACCUUGCCGGGGGAGUUCAAUCAUGCUAUUCAGUUUCUGAAUAAGAUCAAAGUGCGCUACGAAGAUGAUUCUGAGACGUACAAGCAAUUCUUAGAAAUCCUUCACGCUUACCAGAAAGAACAGAAGCAUCUGCAAGACUCACAAGUAUAUGCUCAGGUGCAGAUGCUUUUCAAGGACGCACCGGAUCUAAUGCAAGAGUUCCGCGACUUUCUACCCGAGGCGUUCGGGCCAUCUGCACAACAAGUGGGUCUGGUGGGUAUUCUACCUCAACCGCCGAAUCCUUCCAGCCCCUGGGGACAAGCGGACGGACCUCCGUCGACCUCUGCCGAUAAGAGUACAAAGGCUCCGAGUAGGCGACGCAAGCGUGUUGCUGAGAAGGAGCCGGCCGGUGGACGGGUAGUUAAACGGGCGAAGCCGAACCAGAAACCCGAACCGCAAUCGCCGAAGUUCGCGCCGUUUCCCGUCGCUGCGUCUCCGCCGCCCAAUGUGCCGGGUCAUGUUGUCAUGCCAGGUCCGCAACCGCCUCAACAAGGACAUCCCAACUUCCUCAACCUCUAUCCGCCGCUGCCACCUACGGCUGAUCCCGCGGUCACUUCGAUCGCGCCUCGUGAAGAGACUUGGUUCUUUGAUCGGGCCAGAAGAGCUCUGGAGGGCGGCGGCACGUACGAGGAGUUCUUGAAGCUCCUGAAUCUGUUCGCAAGGGACAUCAUCGACACGAAAACGCUCAUUGAACGGGCGGAAGUAUUCCUGGAUGGCGAACUGAUGAGGCAGUUCAAGGAGUUCAUUGGUUGGGACGACAAGGUCGGGCAUGCCGACCACGGGCCUCCGGGCAGCGUGCGAGUUACCGAAUCAGAUCCGCAUAUUGCUCGGUCUCCAGACGAUGGUCAGGGGCCGAGCUACCGACGGCUGCCGGAGAGUGAGAUCCAUUUGGCCUGCUCUGCCCGUGGUCGUCUCGAGUGGUCUGUGCUCAACGACGUCUGGGUCUCGCAUCCUACGUGGGCUUCGGAGGAUUCCGGGUUCGUCGCGCACAAGAAGAACUCCUUCGAGGACAUCAUUUACCGGGGUGAGGAGGAACGACACGAGUACUCCGUGCACUUGGAGGCUCUCUCGCGUACUAUCACCGUACUGGAGGCCCUGGACGCGCGGAUAGAGGAUAUGACACCUGAGGAGCGUGUGCAGUUCAGGCUGAAGCCGGGUCUCGGCGGGUCGGCACCUCAGGUGUAUGAACGCAUUUUCAGGAAAAUCUACGGACGGGACAACCUCAAGGAGGUCAUGAAGGCACUGCAGGACUGCCCGAGCGUGUCCGUCCCCGUUGUCCUCAGACGUCUGAAGCAACGCGACGAGGAGUGGCACCGCGCUCAGCGCGAAUGGGGCAAGAGCUGGCGAGAGGUGGACGCUAAGAACUUCUACAAGGCGUUGGACCACCAGGGCAUCGUUUUCAAGGCCAACGACAAGAAGAGUAUUACCGCGAAGCAUUUUGUGCAAGACAUCGAGUCGAUCAAGACUGCGCAGGAGAAAGCACGCGAGUUUGAGGCAGGCCCAUCCUGGGUGCGAGGCUCACUCGGGCCCCAAUUGGACUACGAAUUCGGAGACAUCGGCAUACUGCAAGACUGCCUCAAGUUGACCUUCUGCUUCUUGGAUCAUUCAUCGGCGCAAUAUAGCGUGGCGGAGAGGCGAAGCGUCGAGCGCUUCCUACGCGCAUUCAUCCCGGUCCUCUUCAUGCUUCCGGCUCAGGAAUUCAAUGCUGCCUGCGGACCAGUCGAACCUGGCCACGAGGACGAUCUCGCGGAAGACCUUGCGGUGAGCGACGGGGCAGAUGACCAGACAAAGUCCAGUCGGGACCGUCAGGGCAGACGCCCCCAGUCUGCGGGUGUUUCUGCGGGCGACUUGCGGAAGAGAUUGCUGAAAACUGCCCAGGAGAGAUCACCCAGGGGCAGCCCUCAGGCGCUGUCCGUCAAGUCUGGCGCUUUGACGAGGUCGGUCUCACCGGCGCCGAGUGACGGUCAUCCUACGUCCAACAAGGGCAAGGGUUCGCGGUUGAAUCAAGAGCUUGACCACGACGAACCUGACUUCGCUCUUCCGGAAGACAUAUGGAUACAGGAAGCGGUCAUGCAUUCCGGGGUGCAGGCGGGUGCGGAGACGGUGACGAGACGGCCGUUCUUCGCCAACACGACAUUUUACACAUUGUUGCGCCUACUGCAGCUACUCUAUUCGCGUCUUAGCAUGUGCAAGCAAAUUGGCGCGCAGAAUGCCGCAGAAAAGCACUCUUCGCUGCUCGCUAAUCCUGCCGCGGUCCAAUUGGGACUAGAUGAGCCAAAUGGGCCUGCAACUGUAUUGGCUCAAGCGGCUGAAGCAUUAGGUGAGGCUCGCUCGGGAGAAGAACCUAAUGUGCUAUACUUGUACUUGCUCGAUGCUUGUGAGAAGGUGUUCGACAAUGAGCUAGACCAAACGACCUUCGAGGAACACAUGCGGUGGUUCUUUGGAACGAAGGCUUACCACCUCUUCACCCUGGAUAGGGUGAUUAUCGCUACCGUGAAGCAGGUACAAACCAUAGUGGGCGAUAACAAGUGCCAGGAGCUUUGGUACCUACUACAGCGGUCGCGAGGCGCGGAGGCGAUUACGGCCCAUGACACCAUCCGUUAUAGAAGAGAGGCCGAACAACACGUUGGAUCAGAUGAUAACCUCUACAGGUUCGAUUGGGACGCAGAGACACAGAAUCUAGUUGUUCAGCUGCUGGGUUCGACGGAUCCGAGCACAGAGGAAGACAAGUCCCCGGCGGGACGAUGGCGGGAGUAUGUUGCAACGUACGUGUCGGAGCAUCCGACGGAGUGGGUGCCUGCGGGCAGACCGAAGAGCAGACCACUAUUCCUGCGGAGGUAUGUAAUGAGAACGCUCUAUUCUCGUCCUGCGCUGGCGGUUAUGUGCAUGCUGACCUCCGCCCGUUGGACUACGUAUUUAUAGGAGCGUGAUGGACGCCGCCGAACACGGAGAAGCUGUGCACGAGCAGCGGGGGAUGUGUGUACACGUGCGCGCGGGGACGUACCAGCUUGUUUACGGGGCGGGGGGCGAGGACGUGCUGUGGCGGGUGCGGCGGGGGGACGACGAGG